AUGAAAGUUCCAUUUCAGGGAAGGACGACGUACUAUGAUACUUUCCGUUUUGUCGAGCCCUGCUUUGGUCUCUGGUUUGAUGGUUGUACGUGCAAAAAAUCCGGUACAUUCCGUUUUGUUUCUCAUCCCAGUCUUUCGCAACACUUCAGGUUUACUUCUUUUGUUAGGUCUCGACUUCUUCGCUAUGAUCUUCCCAGUAGUUUAUAUAGGAGCUAUAGCCGUUUCAUUCCUAUUCGUUGUUAUGAUGUUCCAUAUUCAAAUAGCGGAGAUUCACGAAGAAGUAUUGCGCUAUUUACCAGUGAGUGGCAUUAUUGGACUUAUCUUUUGGUGGGAGAUGUUCUUUAUUUUAGAUAA